GCUGUCACAUGCCGUCUCCUGGUUGGCUCUCUGCGAGCGGAGCUUCCCUAUUGGCUGUGCCAGAUUUGCUGCGCGGAUCUUAGAGUUGAAAGGCUGAGAGAAUCUCACCGCACAUUUCAGUGACAGAUCAGGUAGUCCAAAUGUUGCCCACUGAAAAAUAUUUGAAGGUGGCCUAAUUUACUUUGCAAAAAGCGCAUUUUAUCGCUCCAACAUCCGUGGAGAGGAGAAAACUCAAGUCCUGGUGCUAUAAAGACUGUUGGAUAUACACUUAUCUUUUAUUGGUCUGCUUUGGCAAGACAGCAUAUUUUAUUUACACGCGUCCUGAAAAUGACGGAUCUUUCGGAGUUUGAGAUCGACGUGGAGGGCCUGGAAACGGAGAGCGAUGAUCAGGCGGUGUUCACCGGCACUGGCGAGGACGACGCGGCGACCAAAGAAGAUGACAAGCCCAGCCGCUUAAACCUCGGCUCUGGAGACCAGCGCAAACUGAGCCGCACUCCGAAAUGCGCCCGCUGCAGGAACCACGGCGUAGUGUCUUGUCUUAAGGGGCACAAGAGAUUCUGCCGAUGGAGAGACUGCCAGUGCGCAAACUGCCUUCUGGUGGUGGAGAGACAGCGCGUAAUGGCUGCUCAAGUGGCCCUGCGGAGACAGCAAGCGACAGAGGACAAAAAGGGAAUAUCUGGGAAGCAAAUACCAGUGGAAAGACGAAGUAUCUACCAGAGACACAUCCGUCCAUCGACCUUGCUGGCAAAAAGUAUUUUAGAAGGAUAUCGUCCAGUGCAAAACGACCCAUAUCUAGGAGCCGGUCCCGCUUUGCCCCCUCCUCUGAGCGACCGCAUGAGGAAGAGACGAGCUUUUGCCGACAAGGAGCUGGAGACGAUCAUGCUGGAACGAGAGUACAAAGAACGGGAGCUUCUCGAGUCCAGCCAGCCCAGCUCUGCCUCACUCUUCCUUCCCGGCAAUAUGGUCCAUGCUGCCGAGUACAACUCCUACAAGACGGCCUUCUCAUCCUCCUCGGCCCCAUCCACGGUUGAACCUUCUCCCAAAGAUCUCUGUGGCUUUCUGCCUGGCUGUCUGGAUCUCUCCCUGCAGUACGCAGCCACAGGGGGGACGACGGCUAACGUGGAGCUCAUCUCCUCCAACGUUAGCGUAGCGACCACCUAUCGCCAAUACCCGCUCUCCCCUCGCUUCGUCAUGUGGCCGCGGGGCAGCAGCAGUAUUGGCGAUGCCCUGUUAUACCAGCAGUGUCUCUUGAACGCCACCGCAGUUCAGAACUUGAAACCCGGAGCUGUUUGGGAUCCAAAGAUGAUGUGCUCCUCCGAGAGCCACCCGCCAGAGCACGAGGCAGCAGCGGCGUCCAGGCUCGAGGGAUCUCGAGUGGCUCCAGAGCCCUGUGACCUCCAGCCGGGGCCCAGAGAGGCUCAGACAGGACUCGGCCAGAACGGAAGUGGCCGUUCAGCCUUCUCGCCUCCUAAGAGGGCGUAUGGACAAGCUUUCCCAAAUGUAGGGAGCCACGAGCAUGUGAUCAACAACAUGAGCAAAGACGCUGCCAAGCACACGCUGUCCAUGAAGCUCAACUCCUUCCAUUCCCUCAUACAGCAGACACUCAACGACAAGAAUCCCGAGAUGAACGGACCGUACUGUAAGGAACUGCUGGAGGAAGCGGCGAAAAAGUUCAGGGAGGGUACAGCCAAAGACGCAGUGGGACUCAAAAGCUCAGAAAGAACGGGAAAGGACUUUGUAGCAAAGCCGUGGAGCACCAAGGUCACCGCAGGAGAGUCUCUGUCGUUCUCAGUGGAGGCCAUAUUAAAAAGACCUGCGCUUUCUUUAAAUCGGACAUCCCAGUAAGGCUUCCUGCUAAAAUAGUGAUAAUCAUUUCAAAAGUACAUGCUUGCUUUCUACUGAUUGUAUAUUUAUUCACACGGACACAUUUGGACA